UCUAGUGUGUGUGAGAGGGCAGUGAGUGCCGCGUGGAUCCCUCCUGAUAUUUUCAACAGGCAGUGCAGGAGACAGAAGUGGAGAGGCAGCUCUAUCUCUCUCUCUCCCACACACACACACACACACACACACACACGGUCUCACUCUCUAUCUCUCUUUCUGCAUAUGUGCUUGAGUGUGCGUGCGUGCACACAGACUCCUGAGUGUGCUCAACCGUGUGUGUGCAAGAGACACACAGAAGAAAGAAAGAAAGAAAAACACUAAGGACAGAUUGAAGCAACUCCGCGACUUCUGUCAACAUUUUCUGUCUCACUCUGAGGCUUUUUUUGGGGGGCUCUGGGAUUUUCACGCAGACGGCGAGGAUCUGUUGUUGUGACGGCUGGAGGGGGGAUUUGCGCUCUGAGCCUCUUCUUCACUUUCUUCAUUAUCAGGGGAGAGACGGCAGACCGGGAAAACCAUGUCUGGAGCGCUCCUCAGGAGGAACUCCAGCAAGCAGGGACUACAGAACCUGCUGAGGGUGACGGCCCAGAGGAGUAUUGAAGAUGCCGAGGAGAUUGAGAGGGAGCGCAGGCGCAGGGCACGGGAGGCCUUCCGUAGAGAACACGGCCUCUCCGCACCCGACGGGGCCUCCCUGGACGCCCUGGACGCCGAGGCCUCAGUAGAGGCCACACCGUCAGCCCAGAACUUUACGAGCUCCGCCAAGGCCACCGGCUCCGUGGUUCUGGAUGAGGACGAGGGCUUCAGUGACUGGACGCAGAGGCUGGGUCAGGAGCGCAGGCUCAGGCUGGAGAACGGGCGUCCGGCGGAAGCGACGGCCGAGCGGGGAAUGAACGGCACCGCCAAGCACACGGAGAAGAUCCACUGCUCCUCCUCCUCUGUCACACCCGCCAGGCUGCAGAGGCUACCGCCGCGGGAGAAGGAGAACCGCGACGCGGCCAGGGAGGAGAAGGUGGAGGAGGAGACGCGUCUGGGGAGCAGGGCGACUGAGAAGAGGAGGAAGGAGUUCGGAAAAAAGGAACACAGUCAGACAGAGAGAGAGGUGGAGCAGAACGGCAAAGAUACAAGGAUGAGCCCCUUCAAGAAGGGGGCCGAGAGUCAAGCAGCAGACAUGGAUGAAAAGAUGAAGAAGAAGGAAGUGAAAGUGUCUUACACGUCCAAAGUCCUCAUGCAGCACGAGCCCAAGCCCCGCAACAACAAAGAGGAGGAAGAGACAGCUUCACACGUGAUCAGAGCCAGGAAGACUCUCAGGAGCCCGAGUCAGUCCCAGCCGGCGACGGCGAUGACGAUGGCGGCGUCGGAGCCCCGGGACGAGGAGGCGGCGGCGGCGUUCCUGGAGACGGAGCAGAAGCUGGAGAAGAUCCGGCGCAGCCACCAGGAGAAGGAGAGCCAGGAGCUGGAGCAGCUGCGGCAGAAGCAGGCGGAGGCCGAGGCCGAGCUGGAGGAGCUCAAGAAGAGGCGGGAGCUGAGGAGGCGCGUGCGCGAGGAGGAGGAGCGCCGGAGGGAGGAGGAGGAGCAGCACAGGCUGGCCAAAGAGGAGGAGGAGAAGAGACACAUGAAGGAGGAGAUCGAGAGGAGGAGGAUGGAGGCGGCCGAGAAGAGGAUGAAGAGCUUGAACGACGGCGAGGAACCGUUCAACGCACUCAGUCCCAAGAGCCCCACAGUGAAGAGGGAGGAUGAGGAGAGAUUGACAGCUGAGAGUACAGACUUGAUCACUGAGCGGACCGAGUCUUUGAACCGUUCCCUGAAGAAGAGCAACAGCUUCAAGAAGACGCCUCCGCCGCUGCUCCUCUCCAAGAUCGACGACAAGCUGGAGCAGUACACUCACGCGGUCGAGGUUUCCUCAAAAGAGACCAAGCCGGCCAAGGCAGCUGCUAUGGACGUGCUGAGUCCUCCCAAGCCAGUGGCCUCCACCAAGAGCCUCUUUGAAGCCGGGGAGGCCUGGAGCCCAAGUGCCCCCCGAGGCCAGCCCUCUAAGGAGACGGAGGGGAUCAAAGUAGGCGUGGCUGAUCUGAUAACCAACUGGGUAAAAGGGUCUGUUGACGGCAGUAACAGGAACUCCCCAUCCAGACCUGCGGAUGUGAAACCAGGUGAUGUGCUGCAGAAGAAGAAUCUUUGGGAAGUAAUCGGAGAGAACUCUUCAUCAGGCAAACCUGGGUCAGGAGGAAAGGGCAAUCCUUCUGGAAAGAGGUACAAAUUUAUUGUGACUGGCCAUGGCAAAUACGAGAAGAUCCCUGUAGACGAUGAGGAGGAUUAUUGUGAUUUUUCAAAUGGAAAAACAGGUGAAUUAUGCCAUGAUGACUUCUAAGACAUCAAUGACAGCUGAUCAUCCUAAAGGGAAGUAGAAUCAAGUGAUGUGGUUUCACACAAGCCUUCUCUAGCCAUUAUAUGUAUUGUAGACACUUCUGCUCUUAAAACCACACCUUAGGCACCUGCCAUUUUAUACUGUAUGUUCCCACCUGCAGUGUUAGCUCUAACUUUAUUCCCUUGUUUUCAUGUUAAAAGUAUGAAAUGUAUUUCAAUGUCCAAGAUAUCUGUAUAAGAUGUCUAUCUACAAUAUUUGUUUUUGUAUGAAAAGAACUUAAAUGUAUCAUCCUUAACAGUACAACUAUGCAAGCUUUACUGAACUGCCAUCAUUUAAAAGAGCCAGGAGAUCUUCCUGAAUGUUUGAUUUAUUCAAGGCAAGGACAUACAGUACGUGUUAAGUUAGUAUCAUGUUUGCUUUUACAUAUUCGAUAAAUUGUUUAUCUAAAAUAAAUGCAUAUGCAGUUGUCUAUAUGUUUAUGCCAACGAUAAUAAGCAUUGUUGAAAAUAUUUUCUACUCUUUGAUUUCCACUUUUGUAAUUCAGACUGGUUCAGAGUCCAUAACAGAGGUUAUGAAUCUUUAGGUUUCCAGUAACCUAGACAUUAUCCUGUGGUUCUGAUUGGUUGUUGCAUCCUGUGAUUAUCUAAGCACACAACAUUCCAUGCAGGAAAAAAAUAAAUAUUUUCUGUUUUUACUGAUAUAUUUUCCUUCAUAUGUGGUACUAAGCUUUCUUUCUCUUCCACUAUUUAAUGAAUUGUAUUCCAAACCAUGACAAUAAAGAUGUAUUGCCUUUUACAAAUAUAAAACACAUAUUUGAGGUCUUGAAAUGAUAACAUGUUUAUCUAAAGCUGAACACUGGAGUAAGACCCUCAGCAUCUUUAGUAUGGUUUGUACUAUCUAUCCAAUCUGUGUGAGGGACCUUUUUCUAAUUGUGAUUACAUUUUAGUUGGUACUUCAACAUAAUUAUCUACAUGUACAUGAUCAUGUAAAAUGCACAGUAGUUUUGACUCUCACCAAAUGUGACACUAUUUUUGUAAAAACCUGGCUUGAUUGAAUUCCAAAUGCUCUAACCAUACCGCUUUUAAAACAGUUCCAUCCCUGCAUCACCCCUGUUCUGUUGAAGUUCUUUUGAAACCCUUUAAGUGUAUUUUUUCCAAUGCAAUAAAAUAUUUUAUAUGGUUAAUAA